AUGGCUCACGUCGUAAACAUUCCAGAAGUUUUCGUUGGUGCGAUUGAAAAUAUUCGCUCCCGAGUUCCAGAAGGCUUGCGCGAACCAAAAAUUGGCAUAGUAUGCGGGUCGGGUCUGAGUGAACUUGCAUCCCAGAUCCGUGAUCAGACGCUGGUCCCAUACUCAGAAAUUCCCGGGUUCGGAACAAGCACUGUGGUCGGGCACGGGAAUGCACUCGCAUUCGGUAGACUUGGAGAGGGUGAUGGGGUUCCAGUUGUUGCUAUGCUCGGUCGUUUCCACGCGUACGAGGGACACAGUCUGCAAACCACUGUCUAUCCUAUUCGCGUGAUGGCACUACUUGGUGUCAAAUCGGUUAUCAUUACGAAUGCUGCUGGUAUCUUGAAUACGAAAGACUCGGUGGGAACUGUGUUUGUCAUACACGACCACCUUGCACUGCCUAAUCUUACCGGAUUCAACCCAACUUUGGGACCUGUCCUUGAUCCCCCAUUCAACCUACGGUUCACCCCACUUUCUAGAGCAUAUACAUUCUCACUUCGAUGCGCUGCAUUCCGUGCCGCGCACGCGCUCGGUCUUCCCAAAGAUUUCCUUGCCGAGGGAACAUACGCAUGGGUCUCCGGGCCAACAUACGAAUCCCCGGCGGAGGGAAAGUUUUUGAGAUCUGCCGGGGUUGACGUUGUCGGAAUGAGUACCGUACCCGAGGUUGUUGCUGCACAUCAAGCUGGGAUGGAUGUCCUAGUUCUAAGUCUCGGAACAAAUAUGGUUAUUAUACCAGAUGGAUACCGAUCGGCCAAGGAAGCUGUAGACGCCGAGAUCGCUGGGAACCCAUUACCCCCGGUGGUCGAGGCGGAAGUUUCACAUGGGGAGGUACUUGCGGUAGGAGAAACCAGGUCCAACGAUAUGCGGCGGUUGGUCGAGAAGAUUGUCGAUCUCGUCGGAGUUACUGGUCAACUUACGGAGUAA